AUGAUAAAAAACAAAAACAAGCUAGCAACGACAUCAGGAGACUUGCCAGCAAUACCAGCAAGGGAAUUAGAGCAACAGCAAAUGCAACGAGACCAAAUUGCAGGGAAGUCACUUUGGUGGCGACAUGCACGGCCUUUAAGUGACGUGACGGAUGCGCCUACGUCCAAGUUACGGUUAACUCCCAUCACUCCCGCUGCUCUCCCCGAUAUGCUGACCAUCUCAGCAUCAUCUCCGCUCCGGCAUCGCAACGACAGGACUCCAGCUCUGCCCCCAUCCAUCUCCAUUCGAGAUUCCAACCGCCCCGUCGCUAUCGCCACAUAUCCGAGCCAUCCAUCAGGCGAAGGCAAUCCCGAAGGAGCGCCAACUCCCGAAGGAGCGCCGACUCCCGGAGCAGCAAGAGCAGCUGGAACAGAGGGAAAGGCGGCAGCCGGGAAAGGCGCGGCGGAGGCGGAGCCGCAGCAGAAGGGCAGUCAAGGGCAGGGCGUUAUGGAUGCUAUGAGUGUCAUAACUCCCGCUCAGCAGCAGCGGACGCCCCCAGCCCCCAGCCCCCAGCCCCCAGCCCCACCCUCUUUUGCCGCCUCCCCCGCCUGCACGCCCUUCGGCCUCCCGUGCCUGUCAGAGGGCAAACGACAGCCGCAACACCGCGACCUGUCAAGAGCGGAGGCCAGCGGUGGUGCUGACGCGCCCCUCGAUGACGAACAUUUAGGGAAUGAACACGCACACUGGCACUGGUGGCACUGGCAGAGUUGGGCUCCGGGCGCUGAGGUGUCGCCCCCGCCACAUCCACAUGCCCUGACAGAAGUAACACUCUUAAAGAUGCCCUCAUCUGCGACGCUUCUCAUUGUUGACUUUCGUCCCCGAACUAGUGUGUUUUAUGCCUUACGUCACAGCUACUCUGCGUUCCGCCGCCACCUGCCUCACUUACCAGCAGCACCUACGCCGCCUGCCACGAGCCAACCAAACUAUCCCCUCAAACUCCUUGCCCCGCCCCUGGAAACGCCCCCUUGGCUCCACGUGCCCGCCCCUGGAAACGCCCCCUCGGCUCCACGUGCCCGCCCCGCGCUGCCCUCACGCUUACCUGGCCGAGGACCGCGAACCGCACUGCCACGUACCUGA